ACUAGUCAAGCUGCCCCUAAAGGUCUUGCUACACCUAGGUUAACCUAUGUAUCAGUUAACCCCCAUAAAGUGCUCAUUUCAUGGCUCUCCCCAGAAGAACCAAAUGGUGUUCUCCAAUCAUAUAGGCUACAAAAAAAUGAGGUUUUCUAUCCUUUCAGCUUUGAUGCUACUACUUUCAACUAUAUGGAUGAAGACUUACAGCCUUAUUCAGUGUACAGUUAUGCAAUAGUUGCUUGUACAGUGGGAGGCUGCUCUACUAGUGAACCAGCCAAAAUCCAAACUCUAGAGGCAGCUCCAGCAUUAGUCAACCCUCCAUCCCUGCAGGCUAUCAGUGCCACUCAGAUUAAUGCAUCUUGGUCCCCACCCCAGAUUCAAAAUGGAGAAAUCACGAAGUACAUAUUAAAAUUAAGUGAUGAAGAAUAUUAUGUUGGGAAAGGUUUAUCAAGACUGAUUUCAAACCUACAGCCUUGCACGCAGUAUGAUUUCACGCUGGUUGCCUGUACUAAUGGAGGCUGCACAUCUAGCAUAUCUCAAUCUGUUUUGACAAUGGAGGCUCCACCACUAAAUAUGGAAGCCCCCAGGUUGCUAGUCACAGGAUCAGAGUCAAUAGAAAUCACCUGGAAAACCCCAGUGAAUCCUAAUGGUAAAAUCAGAAGUUAUGAGCUGAGGAGGGAUGGAGCUCUUAUUUUUUCAGGUCUGGAAACUCGGUACCUUGACUUCACACUAACACCAGGCAUGGAAUACAGCUAUGAGGUAACUGCAAAUAAUAGUCAAGGAAGCACCACUAGCCCACCAGCUAAAAUUAGAACCCACCCUUCUGCUCCAUCUGGAAUGUUACCUCCUCGUCUGCAGGCAUGGGCCCCAGAGGAAAUUUUGGUGGCCUGGGAUCCUCCUGCAAAAGUCAAUGGUGAUAUAAAAAAUUAUACGAUCUCUAUUCGUGAGCCUGCUGAAAUGGGAAAGAAAACUGUUGACUUUGACACCUCUCACAUUUCUUUUGUUAGACAGUCCUAUGUUGCAGCAGACCUAAAACCCUACCAUAGAUAUGAAGUACAAGUUCAAGCAUGCACAUUGCAGGGAUGCGCUACUAGUGAAUGGGCAUCCAUACAGACUCUGGAAGCACCCCCUGAAGUGCAACCUUCCCCUCUCAUAGAGAUGCAAACAAGCUCUGAUGGAUUCCAGUCAGUCGCAUCUAUUCUGUGGACUGGUCCACAGCAACCAAAUGGGAAAGUGUUAUAUUAUGAGCUUUACCGAAGACAAGCAACACAUACCCACAUAAAUUUAGAGCUGGUACUUGUUUAUAAUGGGACUUUAACAUCCUUCAAAGAUGCCAAGUUGCUGCCUUAUACAGAAUAUGAAUAUCAGGUCUGGUCAGUAAACUCCGCGGGCCGGACUCCUAGCAGCUGGGCACACUGUAGAACAGGCCCGGCCCCUCCUGAAGGCCUCCAUGCACCCAUGUUUCACACUGUGGCUUCCACUUUAGCUGUGGUAAACAUCAGCCCCCCUCUUAAGCCAAACGGGAUAGUUAGUCUCUACAGGCUGUUCUCGAAUAGCACCAGAGGGACCGAUGUGGUGUUGUCUGAAGGGACUGCCACCCAGCAAACAAUACAUGGACUUAAACCUUUCACCACCUACUCUGUUGGUGUAGAGGCCUGCACAUGUUUCAACUGUUGCACCAAAGGACCAGUCGCCCAAUUAACUACUCAACCAGCCCCACCCUCUCAACAGCCCCCUCCACUUAUACAUACCAUAACCUCAAGAACAGCUUUUUUCCAAUGGAAUGCACCUCAAUCACCGAAUGGCAUUGUGGAAAGCUAUGAACUCCACAUGUACACUGCUUGCCCUCCACAUUUACAAAGAGAGGCAAAGACCUGUAACCCUGGACCAAUUGAAGUGAAGUAUACAGGUAAAGAGCAGAAUUCCAGUGUGAGUGAUCUUCAGCCUUACACAAUCUACAACAUGAGAGUGGUGGCUUACAAUUCUGUAGGCAGCAGUGCUUCAGAAUGGACCAGCUUUACUACCAAGAAGGAAUUACCUCAGUACAAAGCUCCGUUUUCUGUUGUCAGCAAUUUAUCCAUGAUCUACCUAGACUGGAGUCACACUUUCCUAUUGAACGGACAGCUGAAGGAGUAUGUGUUAACUGAGGGCGCCCAGCGUGUCUAUAGUGGCUUUGACACCAUGCUGUAUUUACCAAGGACAUCUGACAAAACCUUUUUCUUUCAAGUAACCUGUACCACCGAUGAAGGGAGCGCCAUCACACCAGUGAUCAAAUACAGCGCUGCUACUGGAUUUGGUCCUAUAUUAACAACUCCUGGAGAAAAGGAUGAAGCAGAGACUAAAUAUGCAAAAUUUUACACUGAACUGUGGUUUGUAAUAUUAAUGGCAGUUCUAGGUUUGAUCCUCUUGGCUAUUGUUCUGUCCUUGAUUCUACGAAGAAAAAUAAAAAAACAACUCUCUGCAAGAGAAAGGCCUCCCUUAGUUCCACUCCAAAUGCGGACAUCACCAAUGACGGUAUAUUCACCGGGAGACACCCACAUGGGACUAGCAGAUACAAAAAUUCCAGGACACAGCUCUCCUUUGAGUAAUCGUAGCAACCAAAGUACUUCCGUUCUACAGCUACCAAGUCAAGGCCAGAUGAGUCGUACCUACUCCCAAGGUUCCUUACAUCGCAGUGUCAGUCAACUUAUUGAUGUCUAUGACAAGAAGUCCCUAAUAGAAGAUUCUGUGUGGGAUACCAUUAUACAUGGUCAUGAUAGUGGUUCUUAUGUGGAUGAAGACGACCUUGUGAAUGCCAUCAAAGGCUUCAGUACAGUAACUAAAGAACAUACAACCUUCACUGACACCCAGUUGUGAUACCUAUUUGGAGUAAGUACCACAGCCUACAGCAAGCAGCUGAAGGAGCACAAAAUCUUUGUUUUGUUCAACUUAACAUGUAGAAAUUCAUUUCUAAUGUAACAGUUUUGGGAUUAUGUUGUAAAAAGUGUGCCUACUGGAACUCCAGCAAUAUGAAUACAUCUUCUAGGAGUACUGUUACAACAAAUAGCCAAGAAUAUAGUUAUCUAUAUGUAGCGAGCACAUUUACAAUAUAUCAGUGUUAAACAUUUAUUGCAAAUAUUGUACAGUAAUAUUUCAAAAGGGGAAGGUGAGAAGAAUGUCCUAGUGUAUGUACAUUUUGUCACAGUACUGGCAAGACCUUAAAUAGCCAUAUAGUAUACAGAGAAGUUUCACAAACACUUAUUUUUAACAGCUGCACAUACCUAAUCAUGUUUCAUUAUAUUAUUCUGUGGUGGGAAAUGUAUUAUCAGUGGGGAAAAAAGGUUUUUGGCCACCAAGAAGAAUAUAAAAUUGUAGAAUACAUUUAGAUCUGUUCUAAAGAGCAGUACAACCCAGUUUGUUCACUUUAAUUAAGACGACAAAGGAGGAAGAGUCAGUUCUAUGAAAUAUUGCUACAGAUGCAAAAGCACAGAAAACUUGUGCCGUUGCCCAUCCAGUCAGGAACCCUAAAAUGUUCCUGUCCAUUUCAAUCUACUUUAAAUCAUGUAUGAUGGGAGACGGAUUUAAAAUCACUAAAGAGAUGAUCCUGUGACAUCUUGAGUACUCUCAAUUUCCUAGAAUAAGAUUUGAGGGUGCUUAGAACCUUGCCACACCAAACUGCAAGAGUAAAUUUGAAAUAUAUCAAAAUUUAACUUAGUGAAAGCUGUUCUGGAUUUUACUCACAUGUAUUGUAGUUUCUAGUGCCUGCCCUCUGGUGUUGGUCUUAGAGAAAUAAGUCAGAGUGAUCAUAGCUCCAAAAACAAAUUAUUUAAAUAUGUUAAAGAUAUACCUUAUUCCUACUAAAUCUGUGGUGGAUCAGCUGCUUCAAUGUUUAGCAUUGUGAUGAAGCCUCUCCCCCUAACUAUCUUGGUUGUCAUGCAUUUGGCAUGAUCCUUACAUUUUGCAAUUGGAAAUUGCUUUGAAAAACAGUGAAAUGCAAACACCAUCAAAUUAGGAAAGGGAUGUGACAAAAACAAAGUGGCAAAACAAGCCCACCCAUAAAGGUAAGCUUCACAGGAAAGAACAAAGGAGCUACUGCAGCUUCAUUUUAAACAGACAGAUCUCAUUGUUUCUGUCUAAACUGCUGGGAGUAACACAGAAUACCUAUGAGCUGAGCUGGAACAUUAGGGCCCCUAGAGGAAAUCUGUUUACUGUAAUGUGAACAAUUACUGCCAGUGUUUGUUUUAACAUACAUUUAGGGCUAGAUAGGAUUCUGUUCUUCCCUCCCCCCAUACCUUACUCUACAAAUAUAGUCUCAUUUAAAUUAAACAGUAAGGAAAUACUCAAAAGGAGUAGGGACGCAGAAUUCAAGUAUUGGCUCUUAUGGUGUAAUAUAAUCAGUCAUACACUACUAUCAAUUUCUUAUACAGUACAGAUUAGAGUAGCUUAAUUAUUUCUGUGGUAGGGAAAAAAGCAUAGCAUAGAUCAAACUGUAGUAAUUUGUUUAAUUUAGAAGCACAUUAGAAUCCUAGCCUUGAAAAUAAUCUGAAA